AUGUGCAAGGACAUAAGAAGUGUAAUUCGUAAUUGCGACACAUGUCAGCGUGUAAAAUAUAACAAUAUUUGUAUGGAAGGUGUACAGUAUUUAUUAGUUGUAAUGGAUGCAUUUUCGAAAUAUGUCUCUCUCUAUCCAAUUCAAAAAACAACGACUAGAAUAAGUUUAGUAAAAUUAAUUAAAGAUUACUUCCCGAAGCUUGCCUGGAAAGAAACACUAGAAAAAGAAGGUAUAAAAACUAUUUAUUCAUCCAUACGACAUCCACAAUCCAAUCCAACGGAACGAUAUAUGCGAGAACUAGGCAGAUUUUUCAGAACGUAUUGUUCGGAACAACACACAAAAUGGGCAAAAUAUGUAAAACAAAUCGAAGAAAUUUUAAAUUUAACAACACAUCAUAGUACCGGAUAUACCCCUUAUGAAGUUCAUUUCAAUAAAAAUCCAAAGUUUAAAAUAAAAGAGUUAAUAGAUUUUCCAAACGCAGUUCCAAUAAGUGAUAACUUUAGAAUCCAUAACGCGCGAAAAAAUCUAAAAUCAAACAGCAAAAAACGAGCAAAAUACCAAAAAUCCAUAUCUAAAAUAACCUUUCAGGAAAACGAUCUAGUCUUACUAAGAGUACCGCAAAUUUCGAAUGCCAUAGAUAAGAAUAAACGAACUCGUAGUUUCUUCGGCAAACCCGACAACAAUGUGACAUUGCUAUUGGCAUACUGCAAAGGGCCAUAUCCUAAUCAAGGGGGGGGAUGUACCAUUCAAAUAAGCCCGCCUCAAAAGUUAUUCGACCGGGUUAUUGACCAAACAAAUUCGACCUCAGAUCUGUACGUCGAUAAUUUCCGCCGUGACCAAACCUCGCUCACUCCUCCGUCGACUAGAUAA